GCCAUUAUGCUCUUUGGUAAGACCUGUUGAACUGUCUACAAAGUAGUGUUGUGUUCACUUUUAUUUGAUCUUUGACAUAUUUAGUAAACAUGGCGGUUGCCGAAAAUUCUGUUGUGGCAGACUACAAAAGUGGAUUUUUAUGUGAUAUGUCAAUGAAAUAUGGUGUUUUGAAAGUAGCUUUUAAAUGGUCUAUAUAUACAAUUUCUUGAGGUUUUAAACUAAUGUUCAAAGAAAAUAUUUGUCGUUUUACUGUGCGCGUAUUAGUUUUGCGUCGUAGGUUAACAUGUGUUCAUAUUGUCAAUAAUUGUGAUAAGCGUGAUGACGUACUGUGGUCGAGUAAAUAUUUUUAUCUUGUACAAUAAUAAAUAGAUUAAUUUUGAAUCUCAACUAAAUGUUUUGUGCUAAUGAAAUGGACUGUUAAAAACAUUCGGCGUCGUGUCCCUCUAUUGACGAUAUUAGCAUUUUUGCGAAGCAUAUUUCGUUACUAACUUUUGGCAUAGUGGGACAUUCUUUUAAACUAGCUGGAAUCAAACAUUGACAUACUAUGUUUAAGGUGGGAAGGCACGCUUCUGGUAAAUGUGCGCGGCUAGUGGACGCGAGAAUGGGCGGGCCAGGGUGCACGUAGCAGGGCCAUGCAGUCAGAGCCGGGACGAUACAUCAACUCGGUAUCGGACCUUUACGGAGCAGACGAGAUUGAGGUCUUGCUGGAAGAGAUUCGCGACCUGGAGCCGGCCAGCUACCGCCCAGAAGACAUUCAGGAUUUUGAAAUAGCGGGCAGCCAGACGGGCGUGGCAAGGGGGAUCCCCGACUGUGAGUCCCCUGCGGUGACGGUGCGGUCGUGGGACUCCCAUGCCAACUACCACAGCCAGCUGCCAGAGUCCCCGAACUCCGGCUCCCUGUUCUCGGGGGUGGUGCUGUACUGUGACGAGUCGCACCUCAAGUCGUCCACCGGCGUCAUUCGCGUGCUGUUGUUGAUCUCUUCUGUGGCGUGCCUGGCGUGCCUCUGCUCGUCCGGCACGGUCAAGGUGGGCGUGUACAUGCUGCCCCUCGCCAGCCGACUGCGGCUCAUGAUGUUCGUCACCAUCCUCACGCUGCUGGUCACGUGCCUCCUCAUCUUCCUCGACAUAUCACACAUACUCUACUUCUUUCCGUUCAACUGGGGCAAGGUGAAUGCCCUAUUUUAUGUGAGCGUGAGCUUCCUGUAUCUGGUCAGCUCGUCGCUCAUCGUGCACCUCAUACACAUGUACCACGAGUCGUACUCCUGGGUCCCCAAGUGGACCAUUCAGCAGCUGCUCGUGACAGGGGUGCUGGGGUACCUGUGCGCCGCGGAGGCCUUGCUGCUCUCCGUCGUGACGCGCCACCGCCCGGUGCAGUACGCCCCCGUGGACGAGGACCCGGGCCUGGUGACCUCGCAGGGACACCGGGCCCCCUCCCCUCCCCUGCAGCUGCAGCUACAGCAGGUGCCCGUGCCGGUCGACGACGUCCAGCCGUGUUCUUCCAAGUGCACCGACCCCUGCCCCCUGCCAUGAUCCCCGCUGCGGGUUCCCGCUCGCUCCUGUGCAGCCGUUCCUUCGCUCCGUCAGUAUUAUGUUGUGUUCCUUCUGUUUCAUCCGGGAUUUCUUAGCAAUUAUGUGCUGUUUAGUUGUUUUAUGUGAUUGCCGUUAAUGUGGAAGUCUGGCACAGACUGAUGUGUUAUAAAAAAUUUGUGUUUUUGAUGUUUAAUCAAUAGACUGGUAAAAGUAGUAACCAAAGAAAAAUAUGAAUAUUUGAUUGAAUUUAAAAAAAAAAGAAGUUAUUUUUUUAAUUUAUCUAUUUUAAGUUUUGUUGAAUAAUACUCAUUUUAAUGUGACUCCUGCAUCGCAAUUAGUUUUUACUUGUUUUUCACACCACCAUGGGAAAUUGUGGUCUGCAAACGUAUCUUCGUGACUUUGUGUGCAAAGCGAUCGGCAGCUUUCAAGUUAAAUGUGUCUGCCGCUUGUCAAAGAACGUGAUUGGGUUUAAGGUGGUCUAAACAUGUUCUGUAGCUUGAUCUUCAAUUGGGGUUGUCAUUAUUUGAUGGUCAGUUAAUGACACUGUGGAGACAUGCUAGCAAGAGACCUAGUGAGCAGGCAAGAAGUAUUUACCAAAACCAAGAUAGUUACUCAGGCAAUGCUGGGUAGUCUUAAACAAGCAAAUUUAGUUGUGUAAAUCAUUUUUUCCCAUUGCCACUGGUGGACUCUAAUAAUUUGACGUGAACCUGAAACUAUUGCCACAUUAUAAAAUGCAUUGUGAAGGCCUAGGAAUUUUUAUGGCAUUUUAUCACAAUAUUUAGUAAUUUUUUUAGUAUUAAAAUUUUGGAGACAAGACAAUAUUAACAGGAAAUCAAGAUUAUCCAGAUGAAUUUUUUUUUUUGGUUUAGGUAAAACUAAAGAUCAAGGCAAAUUGUAUUACAGUUUUGUGUAGACUGCACUAUUUAUUUUACAUCUUUUGCUGAUUGAAUUGCUGUGUAACUUCAUAUUUGAAUUUAUUAGAAUUUGUUUAUGUGAUUUGUUACUUCACUUAGAAUUAAUGAUUUAAUGAAAACAAUACUGCAUGUAAAGCAGUUUACAUGGAAAAGUUGUAUGAAGAUUGAAAUAAAAAAUGUUAGGGGAGAUGUUCUAAAUGAUGGGUCAUUGUGGAUUAAGUUAUAUUGGAAAUAGGUUGUUCAUUUAAGGGACUAUUUUUGAAAAUGGCUGCCUCGAAACAUAAUGUAACAUUGAGGAGCAGUUGCCAACAGACAUGACCUCAACCCAGUGGCAAGGUAAUGUUCACUGAUUCUGGCCAUGCAAGACAUUGACCCAAGACUUGCUUUUUAAAACUCAGUAAUAUUUGUUGUCUUUUUCGUUUUUAAUAAGGAACAAUUCAAUAGCAAUUUCAUCAUCUGUAAUAUUGGUAGAUUUGCUUUCCUCUUUUGAUAUGCAUUUAUGUCCAGAUGUAAUGUGGAGAUUUUUCAGCCUGAGAUUGUCAUGAGGUUAGCAAAAUAACAUUUAUUUUAUGUUUAUCUCAUUUCUUUUGUUUUGCAGUAGACACCUCAUGCAAGAUUAAGUCUUGCAGAACCAAUAGGUAAGCCAGAUUCCACCACAGUAAUUGCAUCGUUCAUACGUGCCUACUGCCCUAAUUUACAGUAAAGGCAGAUGUGGCAAUUUCCAUUCUUAGCUCCUUGCAUUGUCAGUUAUUGCAGUGUGGUCAUUAGCUUCAGCUGUAAUGCUGCAUGUCGACUGCUGUAGCAGGGAGGUAUUGAGAAACUGCUCCAGCAUUAGCUUGCAGUGAGGAUAGGAAACCACAGUGCAGUCAGUUGUACGAUCGCAUGACCAUACAUAAAUAAUAAAUACAAGCGGUUGGCAGUGGCAGCAUAGGUGGUGUGUGUGUGUGGACCUUUUAUUUAAAUUUAGUAAUUUAGGACUAUAGUAGAUUUCCUAUUUUGGAAGAAGUUUGACCACUGUAUUCAGUAUUAUUCAGGAUAAUAUAAAUGCGAUAUUAUACUACUAGUCACAAUAUGAUCUCACAGCACAGAUCUACGGGUAUUUUAUUUUUGUCAGCUUAAAAUAGUGAUAAUUAAUUUUUAAUGUUUAUCGUAACAGAUAUUUUAUUUUGAUUGUAAUUUAUUUAUAUAAGUUUGUGUGCACAAUUAAGAUAUAGUUGGUGUGUGUGUUAAAUGAACUUUUAUAGUUUUAUUUAGGAAUCUGUAACAUCUAAGAUCCAUCUCAUGUUGUAUCCAUAUGUUUGUUUACUUCUACCGUAUGUUAAAAUUGACAUGGAUGUGGGUUUACAACAUAUAGUGAUCAUGUGAAACUGAGUAAUUAUUAAAAACAGAAAAAUGUUUAGUUUGUUCUUCGUAUUUAAAAAAAUCUAAAUUAUUAUGGCAAUCGGAUCAAAAAUAACAGCUUUGUAUAUAACAAAGCAUUAAGUCUCAGAACUAAUUGAAAUUGCUGCCAAAUUUACUGUGUCCACAUUCUGGAAAGUCUAGGAAGUUUGACUUGGUCAGGGAAAUAUUGGGAAUCCACUUGAAAUCCUGUAAAUUUAUGGAAAUACCCGAUUGAUAGUAAUUUGAGAGGAAAAUGUCAAGCUUCAGUCUGUGUCAAGCCAGACUGUAAAAACAUUUUUCCAGAUAGUGUUUUAGCACACAGUCAUAAACACUAUAAAUUGGCGGAUGUAUGGCUUUGUUUCAACUAGGUCAACCAUAGUGGUGGCAGAGGCUGGAUUUUCUUUAUUUCUUUCUGAAAAUUAGUUUGGGAUGUUUGUAAUUUUGAUCAUGGAAAGUCAGGGAAAAUUAAAUAACUGAUGUGUGGACACCCAUCUAUGAAUAUUGAGAAAGGUAAAUAUUUGAUCAUUUGCAAAAAAAAACAGAGUAAUUUUUGGAAAUUUUUAGAAUAGUUGAGUGGCAUUUUUGUACCUUUAUGCUAUAAAAAUGACCUCAUCAGUUGCAUCAUGUUUAAAUAGACCUGGGGUUCAUUUCCUUGUGAUAUAAACACUGGCCAGUUGUAUUAAACUGUUUCAGGAGCCGUUAACUGAAAUAAGAAAGCUGUAUUUAGCCAGGUCAUGUGGGAGAAUUGUAUCACUGUUGCUUUAAUUUUUUAAUGUUCUGAUUAUGGCUUUGUUGUACAGUUCCUUAAAUAUUGUCAUUAUGUAUUUUGAGUAAAAACUGCAGUUCAUACCUCCUUUGUAUUGUAUGUGUUUGCAGAUGUGUGUUCAUUGUUGACAGUAGGUGCAAAAUAAUAACAUAAACUUUGUUAUUUCCAUUUUUUUUUUAUUCUACAGUAUGACAAUGUUUACCACUUGGGUGUAUACAUUGCUGACAUGUAGUGUUCUGUUUAGGACACUAGGCAUUUAAUUUAUUAUUUUGAGUCCUUUAUCUUAAAUGUCUUUAAUGUGGUACCUAAACGAGAUUCAGGGCAGAUGUCGUAACUAACUGUCAGUUUGUAAAGUGGUGCGUCUGUGUUGUUGAAAAAUGGUGUACUUAUAAAAAUUAUAUGUUUGUUUUUUGGUGUGAUUAUCAGUUUUACAAACACAACAUUGCUGCUCUUAGCAAGUGUGCCGUUGCGAAUCACGAAGAUGUAGCAAAGUGAGCUCUUCGAAAGAACUUCGGAUAUGUACAUACAUACAGAUUUUAGAAACACUGCCAGCAUCAUUGUGUGUUAAAGCUUUAAUACCAUUUCGAACAUACAAAAUAGAAUGUAUGUUUUUAUCCUAAUGUAAUAGUAUUUUUUAUUUUGGGUAUAUGUAAAUAGUUACCACAGUGUGUAAAAUGUUUGCAAAGCAUGACAUUUGUACAUUGAAUGUUUUGUGUGCGAGAAAAUUAGAUUAUCAGAUUGUAAUCAUGUACGCACAAAAUGUUUCAUACUCAAAAGAAAUUUAUGAAUGUACAGUACAUAUUUAUUUGCAUAAACCCACCAUUUAGUUUAGAGUUUUCACAGCCAAUAAACAUUUAUUUGAAAGAAUAAUACCUGUUGUAAAAAUAUCUUUAAAAAUAUUUGUAUUAGUAUUAGUUUUAAAAGGCAACAUGCACGUAAAUAACUGAUACAGUUGGAAAAAUAUAUGCCGUAUGCUAUAGAAUAAUUGUUGCUAAUUUUAUGCUAAAAUCAAGUUUGAAAAGUAGGGGUACAAUUUUUAUGCGAGAAAAGCAUUUUUGUUGAGGUUGAGUUUUUCAUAAAAACAAAACAUGUUGCAUGGAAAGUACAUUAAAUUAAAAAGCAGAGUAAACAAAAGAUGCCAAACAAUUUAAAUUAAUUAGUCAUGCAAAAAAACAGUUUUAUUCAACUUAAAAUAAAAAAUCAAAAACCAUGACCUGAACGUGAGCUGGAACUUACGUAGUGUACAGUAACCAUAACUAUGUCAUAGUACACACUAACCACAAAAUAGUGCAGGCUAUCCAAUGUAAUAUACUCAGCUCGAGACAGAGUGUGCACAUUGCAUGCAAUCAGCGAGCUAGCAUUAUCGAUAUUUGACUAUGUGUGCGUACUCUAUGUGGGCAUCAUUGUAACCAAACAUCAAUGGUACCAAUUAGCGCUUCACAAUGGCAACGUACUUUUUCUGUUAAAUAAAUAAGUCGGUAGUAGUAUCCUAACAACAUAAAGGUUUCAACUUUACAUCAUUUUAUACAGGAAAGAAGUUUAUGGGCAACAUCUUACAUGGGAAAAAAUAAUAUACAUCUUAUGGAGGAAAUAGCAGGACUAAAACAUUUGACGUAUUGAUUGGGAAAUCAUAUUUUACGGGUACAUAUUUAGCAAGUUUUUAAUUACUUUAUUUUCCCAUUACAUAUAACUACCAUACUGCCUGACAGCAACUUGAAAACCAAUUGCUAUUGCAUGGUGGUUUGUCCUGGAACCUUUGUCAAGGUCAUGUUUACAUUGUAAUAGCGGAAUAAAAGCGUCAUGCAAUUUUUAUGCAAGAAUUUUUUUUUUUACAAAUUUUGAUGCCUUGAAAUAACAGUGCGACGAUUAUGUGAGAGUGAUGAUUAUGCUAUAAAACAAGACUUAUGAACUGCAGUAUACAUUCUAUUAGAGAUAGAACGGUCUGCAAACUUUUGAGUCGAGUCGAGCCGAGCCGAGCCAAGUUCAGUAAUAAUACCGUCGAGUCCAAGUUGAGAUCACACUUCAUAAUUUAUUAGUCAAGUUCUUAAAAAUCGAGCCAAAUUGAGUAAUUGCAAAAAUUUUGAGAAAUAUUUUUUAUUCCUUAUACCAUUAUCAUUAUAUAUUAGAGUUUAUAUAUGCCUUCAACUAGUUAGUCAUUGGUGUCUAUAUGUGAAGGCCAUUGAAGUCAAGGAAAAUGGUGUGGUUUAGAGAAUUAAAUAAUGAAAAAAAUGUUUAUGGUAACUUUACCAAUGUUUUUCUCAUUUUAAAUGAGUUUAACCCUAUAGUAUCCUAGACGGUAACUCUGAAGGACAGCAUCUU